AUGAGUCAAAGCUACGAAUCACUCAUUGAUAACCCCUCUGCCAAGUCUAAAUUCCACAGAAGAUGCUACUUGUAUCUGUCUAAAAACGCUCUUCCAAGCAUUUACUACGAUAAGGUAUUCAAGAAGGAGUAUCUUCCUAGUAGAGUCAGAUACAAUCAAUUCUUCUUCUAUGCUGCUCUUGGAUAUUACAUUUUCAAGCUCAAAGCUGGUAGAUAACUAUUUGUUGAUGAGGGCGAAAGAAAUUUGGGACAGAGAAAAUACUACACUUCUGCAAGAUCAUAUUAGAACUUUAUUGCUGCUAGAAGUGAUCAAUCGAGUCUCAGAAGCCACGAACAGAAGUCUCCUAAUUACAAUAAGAGAAGCUCUGAUAUCACCAAUUAUAAUAGCAAUCAUAAGAAUGAGCCCAAGCAAAAUGAGAGGGAGAGAGAUAUGUCACCAGGCCUUACUUCCUUCCAGAAUUACUUGAUUGCAAAAAACUCUUCCCCAUUGAUUAGAUAUCUCAAAAAAGUUACCUUCAGCAACAGCAGUAAUAAUAUACUAUAUUAAUUUUUCAGAGAAAAAACUCUAACCUCCUAAAUAAACAUAUCUAAUCAAAACAGGAAUCUUCAAAUAAAUACCACCUCUAAAUAAACAACUGAGUCGCCAAGAAUAAUCACUAAUUCAAUGUAGCCAAUACUAACUACUAAAUCAGAUGUAAAUAGACAAUAGUUUGCAAGCUCUUUCGCAACUCCAUUGCAGAAUCUUUAAAGUCUUCCUGAUGACUACAUAAGAAUCAUAUAAGAUAUUGAGGACAAAAGAUCUAGAUCUAAGCAUAGGUACUAGCCAUCUCAGCUACCAUAAACUAUGCCUAACUAAUUAGCAAUGACUCAAACAUAAAUGUAGCUACCUAAUUUUAGACAAGUAUCAGGCUUAUAAUCAAUGGGAAAUUUACCUAAUUAAACAUCCUCACUAAACAGUCUAAUGCCAUAGCUAAGCAAUCCAGAAAUUAAUGUCAAUUAUCUUGAAUCACUUUAUCAAAAUUAAAUUAUGUAAUAGAAGUACCCAGAAUACUAAGAUCCUCGUUUACUAUAGAUAAACCAUUAAUCGAAAUAUUCACCUAUCGCUCAGCCAUAAGUUAUUCAAAAUUAAGUAUUUUAGACCCCACCAUAAAUACCAAUAUUGCAAACUUAAAAUUUGCUUGGGUAUCCCUCACCAAAUAGGACUUAUAAUACUAAUUCAAACUAGCAGUUUACUCCUAACCCAAUUGAGAGAGCCCCUUCAAGUACUUCACAUAGACCAAAUUUUACCCCACUUUCAAACCAAGUAAUAAGAAGAAAUAAUGAUGAUUUGUACAAAUUAAUAAACAAAGAAGUACUUGAAGAUUUUGAGAGCAAGAAAUUCUCCCAAAUUUAAAAUAAGUACAAGCAGGUGACUAGCAUCUCAAAAGAUGUGCAGUUAAGGAUUUAAAGAGAUGACUAAAGUAGAAACCCUUCUCACAGAACACACUUUACUGGGAGAUAAACUGCAGCAACUUAUGUUUAAAAGCAUCUUAGAGGAUAUAUUAUAAGAAAAAGAUUUGAAAUGUUUGUUAAGAUCUUUUACUUUUUCAAAAAUAUCUAGAAAAAGACCUUUAUAAAGGAUCUUACGACAGCCCAUUAUGCUAGAAAAUAUCUGGUUGUAAUGAAAAGAGCAUUUUCUUAAAAAGAGGACUUAUUAGCUGGAGCAGUUAAAGCAUGGAGAUUAAGAAAGAUUAUGAAGACAAAGGAAGUAGAAACUCUAAUUCAAUAAAUUAAGGAUUAUGUUUAGGCUAUGGAUGAUUUAAUUGGAGAUUUUUCUAUUUCAGAAAGGAAAAUGGAGCUUCAAAGAGGGUUAGAAUAGAGUAGAUUCAAUACUGUAGUUAAACUAGUAAAAUUGAUCAGUAAAAUGUAAGAAAAUGGUCUUUGGUUGAUGUAUAAAUAAAUGGAGAGAAGUGAUAGAAAGGGUAGCUUGGCAUCAUCAAGUCAUUAGCAAUAGAGAGACAUCUUUAAAGUUCAAAGAAACAGAAAAGCAUUGGGAUCCUCUUAUAAAGGAUCAAAUGCUUCAAGUGGGGGAGCAACUGGAUAAUAAUGUAAGAAAGAUCAUUAUGGGUAUUUGACUAUUGAAAAUGAUCAGACCCAUUAGAGACCUUCACUACCUAAAAAUUUUGCAAUUGGGGAUUAAGGAAUUACUUCAAUGCAGAGCACUGCUAGUUUUAGAAAUAAAUAGCUUAACAACUUUUAUGCUUCAAGCAAUCUACAAGGACCCUAUUAUGAAUAAAAUAGUGGAAGAGUAAAUGAUUCACUUUAAAGCAUCGAAGAAUUGCUUAACACUCACACUUAGACAGUCUAAUCAACUUAACUUCAGAAGAAUCUGAAUGCUUAUAAUGAUAUUCCCAUUAAAAGUUUCUCAAAAUAAUUCAAUACUACUUCUAACUGCACCCUUAAUAUGACUAAUAGCAGAUUUGAACCUAACUUUUAAUCAGAGGCUUACAAAAAUUAAGCUAAGGAGAUAUUCUAAAGAAGAAUGACUUAUAAUCCAAGAUAGGCAGCUUCAAGAUCAAGAGAGAGGAUAAACACUAAUAACACUAUGAAUACUUUGGAAAGUCCCUUAAGAUCAAGUCCAAUAAAAAUUCAGUCUGUAAAGUAAAGCAAUAUUAUGGCUACAAUAGAUGAAAGCUUAACAGUUUAAAACUAGCCAGCUCAAAACAUUCAGAGACCUUAAACUAGAUAGAGCACUAACACUUCAGGUGCAAUUUAGCCAUAUUAAUCUACAUAAAAUAUUGAAAGAAAAAAUAAGUUUUAACUGACUCAAAGAGAGAUAAAGCAGCAAGAGAUCAAAUAAGAUGACAUGAAACCUUAAAAUAAUGUUUCAGAAGAGAGAAAGUUCGCUGGGUCAAGAAUGAAUGAUAGUAGAUAAGGAAAUCACACUUUACCCUAAAAACUACAGAGAAGGACUCGAGAGGAGAGGAAACAAAAGGAUAGCUAAAAUGAUUCAAAGAAUUUAAUUGACCCUCGACAGCUUGAUCCUAACAUUAAUAUGUUUGAUAGCAGUAAGGCUAAUAUUUAUGCUUCUAAUCAGAGCUCUACUCAUGGAUUAUUCAAGAAAAGAAUUUGA